UUUUUUUUUUUGAAUAUGAAAUAUGAAUAGAGAAGAGAGGAUAGGUUCAUUAUAUUAAAAAAAAAUGGGAAUUUCUCAUAAAUAAUUGAAGUAAUUGGGCGCGAGAGCCAAAUGAUUUGAAAGCUUCAUGUUUGGUUCGGGAAGGGAUCGUGGAAGUUUUGAAAUAAAUGGAAAGAUAAUCUACUUUCAUUAAGUGAUUUAUUAGAUAAUCGAAAAUAGAGGAUCUUGAAGACUAUUCGAAAUUCAGAAGAACUACGCAGGGGAGCCAUUGAACAGCUGGAAAAGCCCGGGCACGUUUAGGGAAAGUGGAAAUGGAAGCGGAUCAGUUUCAGGUGAAUGGAUACUCUGAUAUAGAACAAUAAAAGUCAAACUUGAUUAAUUCAACUUAUCAAACUUUGGAACAAUUUGAAAUUUACAAAAAUGAAACCAUUCGUUUUGAACAACAAAGAGCGAGUAAUCAAGUCCGACAACGGGUUUUCCAACAAGCCUUAAAAGGAGCUCUAGGAACUCUGACUAGUUCUUUGAACAACAAGUUACAUUUAUGUACCAUCAAUGCUAAUAUUGGCAUGUUUGGGACGCUGACAGAAAUAAUCGAUUAGUCCUUCUACUGUCUACUGUAGGCAUUAUUUUUUUUUUCCAAAAAAGAAUUAAGAAAUACUCAUGGUAACCAUUCGAGCGGAUGAAAUUAGUAAUAUUAUUCGGGAACAUAUUGAGCAAUAUAAUAGAGAAGUAAAGGUUGUAAAUACCAGUACCGUACUUCAAGUAGGCAACGGCAUUGCCCGUAUUUAUGGUCUUGAUGAAGUAAUGUCGGGUGAAUUAGUAGAAUUUGAAGAGGGUACAAUAGGCAUUGCUCUGAAUUUGGAAUCAAAUAAUGUCGGUGUUGUAUUAAUGGGUGGUGGUUUGAUGAUCCAAGAAGGAAGUUCUGUAAAAGCAACAGGAAGAAUUGCUCAAAUACCCGUAAGCGAGGCUUAUUUAGGUCGUGUUAUAAAUGCCCUAGCGAAACCUAUUGAUGGUCGAGGUGAAAUUUCAGCUUCUGUGAUCCCUAUAGGACGUGGUCAGCGAGAAUUAAUUAUUGGGGAUAGGCAGACCGGUAAAACAGUAGUAGCCACAGAUACGAUUCUUAAUCAACAAGGGAAAAAUGUAAUAUGUGUCUAUGUCGCUAUUGGUCAAAAGGCAUCUUCCGUGGCUCAGGUAGUGACUACUUUACAAGAAAAGGGAGCAAUGGAAUACACGAUUGUGGUAGCCGAAACGGCGGAUUCUCUGGCUACAUUACAAUACCUCGCUCCUUAUACAGGAGCAGCUCUGGCUGAAUAUUUUAUGUACCAUAAACGACACACUUUAAUCAUUUAUGAUGAUCCUUCCAAACAAGCACAGGCUUAUCGCCAAAUGUCUCUUCUAUUACGAAGACCGUUGGGUGGCGAAGCUUAUCCAAGAGAUGUUUUUUAUUUGCAUUCACGACUUUUGGAAAGAGCCGCUAAAUCAGGUUCACGUUUAGGUGAAGGAAGUAUGACUGCUUUACCAAUAGUUGAGACCCAAUCAGGAGAUGUUUCAACUUAUAUUCCUACUAAUGUAAUCUCAAUUACAGAUGGCCAAAUUUUCUUAUCCGUCAAUUUAUUCAAUGCUAGAAUCAGACCUGCCAUUAACAUGGGGAUUUCCGUCUCCAGAGUAGGAUCUGCCACUCAAAUUAAAGCCAUGAAACAAGUAGCCUGCAAACUAAAAUUGGAAUUGGCACAAUUCGCAGAAUUAGAAGCCUUUGCACAAUUCACAUCUGAUCUUGAUAAAGCUACUCAGAAUCAAUUGGCAAGAGGUCAACGAUUACGCGAGUUGCUCAAACAAUCUCAAUCAUCCCCUCUCACGGUGGAAAAACAGGUAAUGACUAUUUAUACUGGAACGAAUGGUUAUCUUGAUUCAUUAGAAAUUGGACAGGUAAAGAAAUUUCUCGUUGAGUUACGGACUUAUUUAAAAAUGAAUAAACCGCAGUUCCAAGAAAUCAUAUCUUCUACCAAGAUAUUCAAUGAGGAAGUAGAAGCCCUUUUGAAAGACGUUAUUCAAGAACAAAUGGAACGCUUUCUACUUUACGAACAGGUAUAA